CCCCCCAAAAUAAAGAACCGACCUCCUCCCAGCGCACCAAGGAACGAUGAAAAAAAAUAAUUCUGCAAAAAGGGGGCACCAGGAUGGAAACCAGCAACCUGCGCAGCCGGAGAAGGUCGGCUGGGUGCGGAAAUUUUGCGGGAAAGGCAUUUUUAGGGAGAUCUGGAAAAACCGUUAUGUGGUUCUGAAGGGAGAUCAGCUUUACAUCUCGGAGAAGGAGGUGAAAGAUGAAAAAACCAUACAGGAAACGUUCGACCUGAGUGACUACGAGAAAUGUGAAGAGCUCAGGAAGUCCAAAAGCAGAAGCAAAAAGAACCACAGCAAGUUCACCCUGGCCCACUCCAGGCAGCCUGGAAACACGGCACCAAACCUGAUCUUCCUGGCUGUGAGUCCGGAGGAGAAGGAGUCCUGGAUUAACGCCCUCAACUCUGCGAUCACACGCGCCAAAAACCGCAUCUUGGAUGAGGUCACCGUGGAAGAGGACAGCUUCCUCGCCCACCCCACGCGCGACAGGGCCAAGAUCCAGCACUCCCGGCGCCCUCCCACGCGGGGACACCUGAUGGCUGUGGCAUCUACCUCAACCUCGGACGGCAUGCUGACCCUCGACCUGAUCCAGGAGGAGGACGCGUCCCCGGAGGAUCAGAGCACCUGCGAGGGCAGUUUCCGGGUGGACCUGGACAAGUCGGUGGCACCCCUCGCUGCCGGCCGGCGCCGCUCCGGCUCGGAGGACACCGCGGAGAAGGGGCGGACGGGGAGCCUCCCGCGGCGGGAGCCGCCCUGGGACAGGGCCGGGCAGCGCAAGGACUCCCUCGACAGAGGGGCCAUGUACACGCCGCAGGUCCCCAAAAAGCUGUCGUACUCAGAGAAGAACAAAUGUGCCUCCAUGGAAGAGAUCCUGUCCCGCCGGGACUCGGCCGCGCACCGCGCGGUGCCCAGGAGGGGGCUGGAGGCUCAGUUCGCCUCGGCAGAGCCGGAGCAGCUGUCCCGGAUACAGGAACUGGUUGCACUGAAACUGGAAAAAACUCAGGAACUGCUGACGGAGGUGAAGGGCUACGGGGAAGGCAAGAGAAAGGCCAAGGACUCCAACACCACCAGCACCACCAGCACCACCACCGCCACCACCACCUCUUCUUCCUCAUCAUCUUCCAAGUCGGACUCUGAAAGGAUCCUGCAGGAAUCUGAGAGGCUGCUGGGGGAGGCUUCCUCCACCUGGAGCCAAGCCAAGAGGGUGCUGCAGGAGAUCAAAGAGCUGAGGGACCUGUACAAACAGUUUGAGCUGCAGCAGUCAGACUCGAAGCCCAAACAGAGCUCACAGUCGCAGUUCAGGAAGAGCAUGAUGUGAAGGCAAGCCUUGGGAAGGGAGGGAGGGACCAGGGGAGGGCAGCCAUCCGGUUGUUUUUUGUUUUUUUUUUUUAAUUAUUAUUAUUUACAGUGUUCGAAAGAGUGAAAAGGUGCCUGUUCUCACCCAAAUUUGCUUCUCAAAGCUUGGACCCUUCCUUUCCUCCGACGCAUCCCCCCGAUGAGUCCACCCUGUGUUCCAAUAAACCAGUUACAGUUCAUACCUCCUUUGUAAGAGCUCCCUUUGCACCGCAGGCCCCGGGUUGUGCUGGCUCCUUUACCAGGAGGUUCAUCUUGGAAAUAAAAGGCCCAGUCCCUUGGGGAAUUUGGGGUUGGCAGCUGUUACUUGGGGGUGCACACAGAGACCCUUGGAAGGGCAGCAGGGAUGCAAUCCAUGUCCACCCUGAUGCCCCACAGCCCCCCUUGGCCCCGAGAUGGGAGGUAGCAGUGAUGAGUCUUCCCUACUGUGCAACCAGGGGAUCAAAAACCCUGGGACCUGACUGCCCACACAGGGGGGGCUGGGGGGCUUUGGGAUCUUACAUUUUCAUUUCUCUUUUAUUUUCCACCUUUUCUUGGAGCUAAAGGGGGCAGCAGCCGGACACCACAGGCCAGCAGCAGGUCUGGUGGGCUUGGCUCUGCUCUCUCAGGUGUCACAGUCAGACAGCAGCAGGUCUGGUGGGCUUGGCUCUGCUCUCUCAGGUGUCACAGUCAGACAGCAGCAGGUUUGGUGGGCUUGGCUCUGCUCUCUCAGGUGUCACAGUCAGACAGCAGCAGGGACCGUGCUUGUGCUGCCCUGGCUCAGAAUCAGCCCUGCUGGAAGGAAAGCUGAGCCCAGAGCCGAGCUCAGAUCCCUCGGGUGACGCCGAGCACUUGGCUCAGGGGCCGGCUCAGCUUUCACACCUGUGAGCAGGACGUGGUGAUGUCUCACAGGUUCACCCACGUGGUGACAUCCAACUGUUCCUUGGGUUUUUUUUUAAAGGAAACUCUAAUUCCGUUACCUUGCGUUGCAAACAGUCCGUGAAAAUAUUAAACCCACAGAGUUAUUUCCUGGU